GGAUAGGAGUGUUAAAGGCUUUAUAAACUGACGGGUGGAUCGUUCAACCAGAGAGAGCUUUGCCCUACCAAACAGUAGACGAUAAAAUGAAGGCUUCACUUGUUGUAUCCGUUCUACUUGGAGUUGUUGCUUGUGUUUCCGCCGGAGGGUAUGGGGGCGGUGGCGUAGGACAUGGACAUGGUUUUGGUUAUCAACAAUUCGCUGUUCAGAGACCAGUUUAUUACCAGUUACAGCAGCAACCAGUUGUUACCUAUGGAGUACAAGGAUUUGGAAAUACUGGAGGAUCUAAUUCCGGGAACCUGUUUGGAGGAUAUGGAGGAGGUGGAUAUGGCGGAGGACUUGGUGUUGGAUCAAAUACAGGAUCUAUUAUUCCAAUCAUCAUAAUCUUCGUUCUGCUGGCUAUUUUUGCCCCGUUGUUGAUCGCUUCCUUGACCUCUAGCAACGAUGCUUUUUAUGAUAGCAUCGGCUCUAAAUAAAUAGAUCGGAGACACAAUAGGAGAGGGACUUUAUUUUAUUGACUGCCUGUUACACAUUAAUGAAAUAAACAAUUGCAAUUCA